GGAGCAGAUGACACAGGAGGGUAAUCUGCUUUUUGCGCACGUCCUUGCUCCAGCAUGUGCCUCUGUCUACAUUGCUGUGUAGUUUCUACAGUGCCGUGACUGCCUGCCUGCCUGCCUGCCUGGACUCAACGUUACUAGGCUAUCUAACUGAGAGGGCUGCUCCUGUUUUUACUGUGAAACUACAGUAGCCAUGGGUCAGACACUGGAUUUACGGACUCACCUUUGGUCAAAGCGUUGGUGAUAUUUGCUGAAGAUGAGUAGUGCGGGGGAGAACACCCCCGACCCUGCUGCCAGGGGAGAGUCCCUGAAGCGAAAAGAAUGUGGCCCAGACCUCCUGGGGCCCAGCCCCAAGCGGAGCACGGAAAAACCGAACCGGGAGCAUGAAAACAAAUACAUUGAAGAACUGGCUGAGUUGAUCUUUGCAAACAUCAACGACAUUGACAACUUCAAUGUCAAGCCUGACAAAUGUGCAAUCUUGAAAGAAACUGUGAAGCAGAUUCGUCAAAUAAAAGAGCAGGAGAAAACAACUAAUGCCAAUGCAGAGGAUGUUCAGAAAGCAGACGUCUCGUCAACGGGCCAAAGCGUUAUUGACAAAGAUGCUCUUGGACCAAUGAUGCUCGAGGCCCUGGAUGGGUUCUUCUUUGUGGUGAACAUGGAGGGGAACAUUGUGUUUGUGUCUGAGAACGUGACCCAGUACCUGCUGUAUAACCAGGAGGAGCUGAUGAACACCAGCGUCUACAGCGUCCUGCACGUAGGCGACCACGCGGAGUUCAUCAAGAACCUGCUGCCCAAGUCCCUGGUGAACAGCAGGGCACCGCGGUCCAGUGAGAACCCCAACAGGAAUAGCCACACGUUUAACUGCCGCAUGUUGGUCAACCCCCACGGGCCCGAGGAGGGGGGCGUGCAGGAGCCCAAGGACCAGGAGGUGCAGCAGAAAUACGAGACCAUGCAGUGUUUCGCCGUGUCCGAGCCAAAGUCCAUCAAAGAGGAGGGAGAAGAUUUCCAGUCUUGUCUGAUCUGUGUGGCACGAAGGGUGCCAGUCAAAGAGAGGCCUGUGGUCCCGACAUAUGAGAGCUUCACCACCAGGCAGGAUCUCCAAGGAAAGAUCACAUCGCUGGACACCAGUCUGUUGAGAGCCUCCAUGAAGCCAGGCUGGGAGGACCUGGUCAGGAGGUGCAUCCAGAGAUUCCACCUGCAGAACGACGGGGAGAUGUCCUUUGCAAAAAAACAUCAGCAAGAAGUCCUGAGACAGGGCCAUGCGUUCAGCCCUCUGUAUCGCUUCUCCCUCUCCGACGGUACCAUCGUGUCAGCCCAGACCAAGAGCAAGCUAGCGCGCUCCCCUGCCACCAAUGAACCACAGCUCUACAUGUCCCUCCACAUCCUCCAGAGGGAGCAGACGAUCUGUGGGAUGAACCCGGACAUGUCUGGGCAGGGACAGGGGAUGGGGAAGCAGCCAAUGAACACCAUGUCCUCGCUAACCCCUCCCAGUUUGGUUGGGCCAUCCUCUGGGCUAGGGGUCCAGGGCCAGGACACAAUGGUCAGCAGCAAUACCAACAUGGCCACCAUGGGGGGCCUGCAGGGUGGACGUUACGGAUGCCAUGGGACUAUGAACCGGAUCCCCACUCCUCAGGGUGGCAGUAACUAUGCACUCAAGAUUGGGAUGAACAGCCCAUCGCAGGGAAGCCCCAGUGUGACCUCUCAGGGGGGUCAGGGUGGUGGUGGUGGUACCAUGCUAUCUCCACGCCACCGCCAGAGCCCCAGUGUGGCAGGUAGCCCCCGGGUUCCUCCCCCAGGACCCUUCUCCCCGACGGGCAGCCUUCACUCUCCGCCAGGGGGGUGUAACAGCACAGGGGUGGGGAACAGCUACACUGGUAACAGCUCCCUCAACGCACUUCAGGCCCUCAGCGAAUGCCACAGGGUCUCCCAGGCGCAGUCGUCAGGGUCACCUGACAGAAAGCCAAGCAACCUGCUGCAGAUGCAGAGUCCCCCUGGUAGUGGUGGAGCCAGCAGCAGGAACAACUCCAGGCAGCUGGCCAACCGCAGCAGCACGUCUGAGAGAGAGAUGGAGAUGUUUGGAGUGUACGGAGAGCAGUCCCAGCCAGACGGGGAGGAGAGGGAGGACGGGGAGCAAAGGGAGUCGAAAGACGGCACCCCUGAGCCCUUCAUAGGAGGAGGGCCGGGAGGAGAGCUGACUGACGCCCAGAACAGGCUCCUCAACAGCAAGGGCCACACCAAGCUCCUGCAGCUGCUCACCAACAAGUCAGAGCACAUGGAGCCCUGCUCGCCCCACGGGGGAGGUGACCCCAACUGUAAGGACCCUGGGAUGGGGCCGGGGGGCCACAACAACCACUCCUCCUCGCUGAAGGAGAAACACAAGAUCCUCCACAGACUCCUCCAGAACAGCACGUCCCCGGUGGAGCUGGCCAAGCUGACGGCUGAGGCCACGGGGAAGGACCUGGGUCAGGACCAAGGAGGACCAGACAGCAUGGCUGCGAGCGUGGCUGAGAUGGCCACCAAGCAGGAGCCCAUCAGCCCCAAGAAGAAGGACAACGCACUGCUGCGCUACUUGCUGGACAAAGACGACAACACCAUGCAGGAGAAAGGCAUCAAGAUGGAGCCAGGGACAGAGAUGAAGCUGGCCAACGUGAAGACGGAAAAGCAUGACCCGGGAUACAACAUGGCAGAUCAGUCUAGUGAGCUGGAAGACAUCUUGGAUGAUCUGCAGUGUAGCCAGCAGCAGCAGCUCUUCUCAGGCCAGCACCACCAGCAGCAGUCCAGACCCGUGUCUCUGCCCGCCAACGUAGACAAGCAGUCCAUUAUCAACGACAUCCUGCAGAUGACCGAGAACAACAGCAGUCCCACGGGCACCAACACCCAGCAGAAGGCCUUCCCAGGCAUGGGCCCAGGACACUUCAAUGGUGCCAGGAUGGGCCAGCCAGGACGAGUGCCCCCUGUCCGCAGUAUGUCCCUGGAUCAGUCCAACAUGUCUGCCAAUGGUUCUCCCCGGCCCUUCCCUCUUCCCAGGAACAGCAGCCCCUACUCUGUCAUGCAGCAGCAAGCCAUGAUGGGAAACCAUGGGAUGCUGCAGAGCCAGGCUAACAUGGGUAACGCAGGCAUGCCCCGGGCUGGCAUGCAGCAGGGUUGGGGUCCUCAGGGGCCAAUGGGCCAGGCUCUGCAGCAGAGAAUGGGGCCUGAUGGUCGCAUGGUGCCCAACGUCUCUGCUGGAGUCCCCAUGAGGCCCAGCAACCAGCAGCCUGGACCCAGACAGAUGGUCUCCAUGCAAAUGACGGGAAAUGAGCUGGAGAUGACUGGUCCUCCCUACCCAGGGCAGCAGGCACCGCCCAAUCAGACUGCCCCAUGGCCUGACCGCAUGAUAUCUGUAGACCGUGGACUUUAUGACAACCAGAACAGACAGGUGUAUGGUAACCUCCAGGAGGAGGCGCUGUGUCCCCCCUCGCGGCCUGGGGAGGGGCCCUUGGAUGGGGAAGCCCUGCUCAGCCAGCUCUACUCAGUGCUGAAAGACUUUGACGGCCUGGAGGAGAUUGACCGCGCCCUGGGAAUCCCUACUCUGGGCCAGCAAGUGGAGCAGGAGCAGUAUCCUAGUCAGGAGUCGCCCAUGAUGAAGCCACCCAUGUACAGCCAGCACUACCCCCAGGCUGGCAGCAUGGCACAGGGCAACUACAUGGGCCAUCAAGACCCUGCCUUCCACAGUAUGCCCGGUCUGAUGGGCCAGCGGAUGGGCUACCCCAUGCUGCGACUCCCUGCCCGACCAGGAGGCCCGGUGCCCGCCCAGCCCAACAACCUGAGGCUGCAGCUGCAGCACCGACUACAGGCACAGCUGCAGAAUCGUCAGCCAAUGAUGAAUCAGAUGGGCGUGUCCAACAUGAACUUACCUCUCAGACCCAGUGUACCCAACCAGGGAACCCUUAAUGCUCAGAUGUUGGCCCAGAGACAGAGGGAGUACCUGAGUAACCACCUACGGCAGCGCCAGCAGCACGUCCACCAGAGAGCCAUGCUGAUGCGGGCCCAGGGCCUCAACAUCCCCCCCAACAUGGCUGCUGGGGCAGUUGGGCCCUCGCAGUCCCCCGGCAUGCCACCCGGCACCAACCCUCGGAUCCCCCAGGCAAACCCCCAGCAGUUCCCCUACCCGGCCAGCUACGGUACUGGGCUCACAUCCCCACCGCCCUCCACCAGCCCCUUCUCCCCGCUGUCCCCUGGUCUCCCGGGGGCUCAGCAGCUCCUCUCCCCUCUCCACUCCUCCCCGAUCCCGCAUGGCUCCUCCCAGAUGAGUCUGGCUAAUCAGCAAGGGAUGAUGGGAAACGUAGGCGGACAGUUUGGAGCCGCAGUGAGUCCACAAAUGCAGCAGCACAGUGCCUUCCAGUUUCCCAGCUCAGGUAUCAACCAGCAGCAGCAGGACGCAGGCUUCAUCGGAGCCACCACCCCCCAGAGCCCUGUCAUGUCCCCCCGCAUGAGCCAUGCCCAGAGCCCCAUGAUGCAACAGCAGACUCAGGCCAACUCCACCUACCAGCCAUCCUCUGAGAUGAACGGCUGGCCUCAGGGCAACAUGUCAGGAAACAGCAUGUUCACGCAACAGUCUCAGCAGUACGUGCCCCAACAGCCUAACAGUGGAAUGUACAACGGCAACAACGCCAACCCGAACAUGAGCGGUGUCCCCAUGGCCUCCAACGGCAGCAUGAGCAACAUGAACCAAAUGUCAGCAGGCCAGAUGACCAUGACCUCUGUGUCUACAGAAAGCCUUUCCUCCAUGGGCCCUGAGCAGAACUAUUGCUAACCCCGGUCGAUUGUGGGACAACACAGUAUAAAUGGUCAACACCCAAUGAAAACACUGGCAUCCAACCAAUCAAGGAGCUCCUGCAGUUCUACCUGGGUCUUUGAUUGGACAAAGACUCAUCUACUGAAGAACACAACUUCCUGAACCAACCAACUGCAUUCACCUUAGUGUGACUUAGGUCCUCCCCACACACACACACACACACAAUGGACAAACACACAUGUAGCUAGGACGAUAAACUGAAAUUAUCAACACCAACCAUACCGACCACUUAUCACAGGCAUUUUGCCUAUACUAGAGAAAUGUGAAGUUCGAAAUGAAAUACAGUACCAGUUAAAAGUUUGGACACACCUACUCAAUCCAGGGUUUUUGUUUAUUUUUACUAUUUUCUACAUUGUAAGAUAAUAGUGAAGACAUCAAAACUAUGAAAUAACACAUGGAAUCAUGUAGUAACCAAAAAAGUGUUAAACAAAUCAAAAUAUAUUGGAAAUUUGAGAUUCUUCAAAGUAGCCACCCUCUGCCUUGAUGAAAGCUUUGCACACUCUUUGCAUUCUCUCAACCAGCUUUACCUGGAAUGCUUUUCCAGUCUUGAUGGAGUUCCCACACCUGCAUGGCACUCGUUGGCUGCUUUUCCUUCACUCUGUGGUCCAACUCAUCUCAAACCAUUUCAAUUGGGUUGAGGUCGGGUGAUUGUGGUGGCCAGGUCAUCUAAUGCAGCACUCAUCACUCUCUUUCUUGGUUAAAUAGCCCUUAUACAGCCUGGAGGUGUGUUGGGUCAUUGUCUUGUUGAAAAACAAAUGAUAGUCCUACUUAGUGCAAACCAGAUGGGAUAGCGUAUCGCUGCAGAAUGCUGUGGUAGCAAUGCUGAUUAAGUGUAACUUGAAUUCUAAAUAAAUCAGACAGUGUCACCAGCAAUACACCAUCACACCACCUCCUCCAUGCUUCACGGUGGGAACCACACAUGCGAAGAUCACCUACACUACGUCUCACAAAGACACAGUGGUUGGAACCAAAAGUCUAAAAUUUGGACUCAUCAGACCAAAGGACAGAUUUCCACCAGUCGAAUGUUAAUUGGUUGCGUUUCUUUGCUCAAGCAAGUCUCUUCUUAUUUAUUGGUGUCCUUUAGUAGUGGUUUCUUUGCAGCAAUUCUACCAUGAAGGCAUGAUUCACGCAGUCUCCUCUGAACAGUUGAUGUUGAGAUGUGUCAGUUACUUGAACUCUGAAGAAUUUGUGGGCUGCGAUUUCUGAGGCUGGUAACUCUAAUGAAGUUAUCCUCUGCAGCUUUCCUGUUUCAGUUUCAUCAUAGCGCUUGAUGGUUUUUGCUACUGCAUUUGAAGAAACUUUCAAAGUUCUUAAAAUGUUCUGUGUUGACUGACCUUUAUGUCUUAAAGUAAUGAUGGACUGUAAUUUCUUUGCUUAUUUGAGCUGUUCUUGCCAUAAUAUGGACUUGGUCUUUUACCACAUAGGGUUAUCUUCUGUAUACCUCCCCUAUCUUGUCACAACACAACUGAUUGGCUCAAACACAUUAAGAAGGAAAGAAAUUCCUGUUAAUUGAAAUGCAUUCCAGGUGACUACCUCCAUAAAGCUGGUUUAGAGAAUGCCAAGAGUGUACAAAGCUGACAUCAAGGCAAAGGGUGGCUACUUUGAAGAAUCUCAAAUAAAUAAAAUAUUUAGAUUUGUUUAACACUUUUUAUGGUUACUACAUGAUUCCAUAUGUGUUAUUUCAUAGGUUUGAUGUCUUCACUAUUAUUCUACAAUGUAGAAAAUAGUAAAAAUUAAGAAUAACCCUUGAAUGAGUAGGUAUGUCCAAACCUUUUGCCUGGUGCUGUAGGUUUGCUAAUAUGGGUUAAUGUUAAUGUGACAAUUGUAGGCUACAACCAUAGUAGUAGUAGUAGUUUAAAGGAUAAAAGUUUACCACAGUUAAUUUAAUCGUUCUAUUUAUCAUUAUCGCAUCAAGUCAGGCAAUUUGUCGCAAUAUGGAUUUUUGUGCAUAUCGUCCAGCUCACACUGACACACUUGCAUACACACACAUACACACAAAGAAAAUGGAUACAGACAAAUACACGUAUACAUACAUGCAUACAAUGGACCCAUACUCACAGAAUAUAGACUCAAAACUGAUCCUGUCAACAGGCAUCUGGUCAGAUGAAUGUAUUAAGGGACAGAACCCAGACUAUAGCUCCCCUCAGAAAAUACACUCUUUACUACUCUCUCUCUCCGGGUCUUUUUUUAAAAUAACAAUAUUUUCUUUGUGCGUUUGUGCUGUAUACACAUGCACGGGUGUGAGACAAGUGAUAUAUUAUAAAUGGCUCGAAGAGCAUAAACUAUACAAUUGUGUUUGAUUUUGAAUGGUUAUAUUGUAAGCCUAACUAAAGUAGUCUCUUGAAAGGUUUAUAAAAUAAAUGUUUGACAGGUAUUUAUAGUUUUUAAACUUUAGAACACAUUAUUUGUAUGACACUAUAAGAGGGAGGAAAUGGUUAAGUGACAAGUAUCCCUUAAAAUGUUACCUUAUUGUGUCUAAUUCAAUUCCAUAUUUUAAGUCCUGUAGUUUUAGAUGAAAUGUUCAAGUGAAUCCCCCUGCUGCGAUAUGUAUGAAGGUGAAUGUUCAUAGGUUGUGUAUAUAUUGCAGUAUAAAUUAAUGAAAUAAGAUGUCUGUUUUCUCUCCAGCCUGGUGUUACAAAAAACAACCACUGAAAUGUGACUACAGUCAUAUCGUUUGAGUUGAUGAACUCACUUUUUUCAGGGUUUCAACUUAUUGCGUAAGGAUUUUUCCUUGCACUUCACCUCAACCUCACAAUGAAAUGAAUGGACAGGCCUGCCAACAGGCAUAACUGAAUUCUUUAGGGUGGUCUUUACCCCCAAUCAACAGUCAAUGUCUAUGGAUCACCUGGAAGGUACAAAACAAGUUCUGCUUCAGUCGUGUAAAAUGGACAGGCAAUAUGCAUUUUUCACACCAUAUUCCUGUACUACUCCAGUUUAGUUAUAGUCUGUAAGCACAUAGCAAAUCUCACAGAACUUAUAAUUUAGCAAUGAUUUUAUAUAUAAUUUAGCUUUUUUUUUAGAAGAAUGUGAAAAUUCCAAAUUGUCUGCAAAUGCUGAAAUGAAGUUGGCCUCACAUAAUCAAGUGUUUGUGAAAAUGUGUGUCCAGAAAAUAUCUUUUUUGUAGGUUUGCACUGGUUAUUAUGAUAUCUCUUUGACGCUGCAAAGGAUAUUUCUUAUUCUUGUGAUGGCCAAUUUCUCCCAAUUCAUUCAACAUUUUCCUAAACCAGGCAUUUUUUUAAAGAGUUGAGCAAAUUUUGAAGAUUAGGAUGCUCUGAUGCAAAUUAAGUCACAAAAAAAGGAAAGAAAAACAAUUGUCAUAGAAUGGAUGUACUGCUCUCGUUGCAAAUCCAAAGAUUUUAUUAUACAACCUUUAAAAUAAACGUAAGCCAUGAAGUGUUACUGUGUUAACGGCCUUUUGUAAGGUAUGCAUCUUGGCAAUCACGACGACAAGUUUUAAGGAAAGAGUGUGCAUACAAAUAUUAAAUUCACUCACAAGGUUUGGUUGAAUUGAAUUAGUUUUUCUUCUCUGAUUCUGACUGAUCAAUACUUUUUUUUGAAAAAAUGUUCUUAAUUUAUAGUUUGCUAUUUGAUCAAUUGGUAAAUAUUACAUGCAAGUACCUUAACAUGCUAAAGACCUAGCAUAAUGCCUUAGACCUGUUUUUCUGUAUUGUGUAUUACUGUGAAGUUGACUUGUAUCAUAUAUGUAUAGUGAGAUGACAAUACUGAAGUGUGCAUCGUCACUUAAUGGCCAUGUCUGAAAUGGCACCCUAUAUAGGAUGCCAUUUCAGAUGCAACCAUUGUACUUGUGCUAUGGUUAGACUACUACACCCCUGGCUUAUUUGGUUGGUUUUCACAGAUUUGUUUUCUUUUCCCCCACAUUUUAUUUGUGAUCAGUUGUGGGUUGUAUUAUUUGUACAGUUGUUUCAUAUUGACUGUCUUUUAAGGUGAGUAUGUAAACAACAAAAUGGUAAAUCAAAGCAAUAUUGUAAAACAAGAGUUUUCGUGUAGAAAGCUCAUUGUUACGGUUCAGAAAUGUAUUUUUGCAGGUGUGAUGUUCAUAUUAAAUAGCACUAUGUUCACCUGCAUCGAUGUUCAUCCACUGUGGGCAUUUUAUGCUAAAUUAAUUUACACCUUAUGCAAGCUGUUGACUAAUAUUGCUUUUGCCAAUGCUGCUUGCUAAUUUAUGAUUUAUGGCAUUGUAAAUAAAUUAUUUUUAUUAUGUUGA